AUGCCAAUUGUUCGUGCGUCUCGCUGGGACCACGUGACCCUGCCGUACGUGCCCCAGAGGCCAUGUCUGAUUUACUACGUCAUCCCUGGCGACAAUGUUCCGCGUGUUGCGGUACCUAACGCCCGUGGUGAGUACCUGCAUCUCAUUCCAGGUAUGCCGUACGUGGAAGAGGAGGCGGAGGACGGCGAAGAGGCGGUGCCGCUCCUGGAGUACGCUCCCCCACCGCUCCUCGCAGAUGCUGCAACACAGGUGGAGUGGGAGGAUUUGCCGGUACCGCCACUGUCGCACUUGCAGCGAUUUGAAGGUUCCACGCGAAUGUUGCAGGAGUGA